CCGCCGACAUCGGUUGCCCCGGGAAACUAUGGCAACCCGCGCGCGCCAAUCCGAACCGACAACUGACUGAAAGAAGCUGGUUUAAAGAUGGCCAUUUAUGAAGUCUUUACGCAUCCCUCGCUAAUUCGGUACAGGACAAGCAUUUUCACAAAAGCAACGCUCUUUCUGCUGAUAGUUUUGGCGCUCACGUACAUCUCUCCACUUUUGGUUGCCUAUAGGAGUCACGGAUUUUGGUUAAAAGUAAACACCUAUGAAGAGCAGCCAAAUGUCCGAUUCCAGUACCAAGUUUUAAUGAUAACUGCAACCAGCACAAGUGGUGACUUUGUGGCAUGGAGUACAUAUGAAAAUUUUAAUAAUCUACAAGGGGACCAUCUUCGAGUUCCAUUAGUGACAGCAAUGGAGGAAGACAAAAAUCAUGAUGGGAAAAUGGAUCUUCUGAAUUUUCGUCUAGAGCUUCCACUUCAACCAUCUGAGCAUGUAUAUAGUGUGCAAUUUCUUCUUACUUUUUCAUAUCAGCUUUUUAGGAUGUCGACAUUCAUUAUGCAGAGUAUGGCAUAUGUCCACUUCUCAUCUCCCAUUUCUGGAUCUCAGCUUACUGUGAUUGGUGACCUAAAGUUACAUCAGCAAGAGCCGCUUAAACACAGAGGACUUGAUACACGCUACAAUAUUUCAGUGGUUGACGAUGACAGCCCAUUUGCCAGUUCCUAUGACCUGGUCGAUAUCACUGCAUCAUAUCAAGAAAGAAAUGUAACAACCGUUAUUGCCAAUCAAUAUACGGUUUGGACACCAAUCCGAGCUGCCAAUGCCCCAUUUAUUAUUAAGGCAGUCAUCAAAUAUCCCAUGGAAAUCAUCACUUAUCGACCUGGUUUCUGGGAAAUGAUAAAGACUGCUUGGAUCCAAUAUGUCAGCAUUCUUCUUAUCUUCUUGUGGGUCUUUGAAAAGAUCAAGAUAUUUGUCUUUGAAAAUCAUGUAUUAACUGCAACAAUGGUACAACCAUAUAAGCAGCACCUGUCUUAACCCAUUUUUUAAAAAAAAGGACAGCUGGCAAGGAGCUCCAAAUAUCAUUACAAAGAAACAAUAGCAAUCAAUAAUCAACAUCUUGCAUCACCAUUUGAUUCUUAAGAUUGAUGUCCUGUUAUCUGUUGACUUAAGUGUCGACUUUACUUUGUUUUACCUGUAUGAACUAAAGGGUAAUUACAUCAAUAGGAAAGGUACUGCGUCAAUCAUCAAACAUGUUCCCUCAACAAACAUAUUGGUGAUAAUGUUCCGCAUGAGGCGUCAUCUUCCUUAUUUUAUAAACAUGUUCUUUUAUAAAGUAUUUCUCCAAUUUCUCUUUAUUGCAUCAAUGUUUGAAAUUUAUUUGUAUCCUACACGGAACGAGAAUGGUGAAGAACACUAACAAAUAAUUUGAUUUGCACUGUUGUGGUUCCAGUUAGUUCCCACAAUAAUGCUCCACAAUUAUGAUUUCCUUUUAGUGUCUAAAUGAAAUUGCACGCCAUUCUUGGGUUAUGGCAGAGUUCUGUACUUUGAACAGUUGAAAGAUCAGAAAUAUGGUCGGAAGCAGAGUUCCCUCAUGGCAGAAAAUUCUUGCAGAGGUGGGUUGUCCCAUAAGAAUAUAUAAUGUGGGGAAGCCUUUCUAAUCUUGUUUUGUAUUUCUUAAUAGAAAAGUUGACAUUUACAAAUUUAACCUGAGCUUAUCUCAAGCUAAUGAUAUUCUUUUGAAAGAUGUUAAUGCAGACGAGGCUGUAAUUGUUAUUGACUUUAAAAAAAAAACUGUUGCUGAUCCAGACAGUAUGUCUCAAGAAAAGAUUCACUAAUUAGAAUGUAUUCAUCCAUUCUGGAUUUGAUGUGGCAUUAUUCUAACAAGUGUCAAGAAUUGUCACCGGCAGCCCUACAACAGACAUCAAAUCCAUCCCGCUGGUUUCCCAAACGAUCCUUUGUAUGUAUUGGCUGGGCAUAAGCCUGGCGCUCAUUAACUGGGCACAAGCUGUAGUGGGCAUACUACUUAAAGUUAAGGCUGACACUCACUCUUAGGAUAAUGUGCUGCCUUUCAAAUGUAAGGCCAAGCAUCAAAGAUUCCUUGGUGCUAUUUUGGGGAAAGAAGCGACCAACAUUAAUCUGUCAAUUAACAAAUCGAGAGAACCAGUGAUCACAUUGCUGCACAAACAUCUUGUGUACAAUACAAUACAAUAAUACUUUAUUAGUCAAAUAUGUUUUGCAACAUACGAGGAACUUCAUUUUCCAAGUCGGUCAUCCACCAGAGUGACUCCUCCACAUUCCUCACUGUGAUGGAAGGCAAAAAAAAGUUCAAUCUCUUCCCUUCUUUGUUCUCCCGCGGUCAGGGGCCUCGAGCCUUCCGUUGACGGGACAAUCUUACCCCCGUAGCCGGCGGUCGAGCCCUCCGCAUCGGGGCGAUCAGGGAGGGGGAUCUCAGCUCCUCCGUGGUGAUCGGACCCUGGGUUAGGGCUGGUCAAACCUCUGUGUCAUUGGAACUCCCUGACUCUGUCUCUCCAGAGACUGUGAGCCCUUGAUGGUAAAAUCCGCAAGCCACGGUUGGACCGAUCCCAGGCAAGUGAUCGGCCCCGAUGGUAAAUCCAUGCCCCACGGUGAGGCUCAAAGUCAGUUCCGAGGAGGCCUCCAGCUCCGGAGAGACGACCUGAAAACGAAUCGCAUCAUUUACACAAACUUUAAAAACACACUGAAAUAACAAAAAAAAGACGAAAAAUAAGACAGAUCGAGGCUGCCAAUCGUACAGCACCCCUGGUGGACAAGUUGUUUCCCAUAUUAGAACAGUAGCCAUAGUUGAAACCUUCUUCAGUGGCUCUGAUGCCCUUUGGGGUCUUAGACCACAAAAUGCAAAUCUUAUUUUCUUUUCCAUAAUGACGUUUAGUGAGAUUAUAAAAAAAACAUCAAAACUUUCAAUACAAACUCUGGUUAGGCUGGACCUUGCAUUUAAUGUUGCUACAACUUUUAUUGUAUGAUUACCUGAAUUAGAGCGUACAAUGACUGCUGAUGUAAUUUCAGAAAUGUUUGUGUUAUAACCAUUUUGGAAGGAGAAUGUACAGUUUCACACCAUAUUCAAAGCUGCUGAUCCUUUUGUACAAUACAUUGAGUGUGUUUGCAGAUGUCAUGAUUAAAGAAUGAUCUAAUGCUGUUA